AUGGCAGCUCGUUAUUUCACUGCAUUUCAGCGUGGUACUACUCGCGACCGACCCUUCUAUGAUCCCCAUCUUCCUUCUUAUUCCUCUGCUGUUCGCGAAAAAUUGGAUCUCCAGUCCAGUGGUAGGCAAUGGCUCAUGCCUAUAACAGGAUCAACGCGCAGAAUACGUCUCCAGUCCCUGAGCCCCGCGCCCCGUUCCAGAUUAGCCCGAGUUGGUCGACGAAGAGUUUUCGUCUGUCGAUGUGUUGCUUUCCUUGCUGUAGUCUGUGCUAUGGCAAUGAUCGUCCUCAUGUUGUUGGGUACUGAAGAGUCACACUGGACACCUCCGUUCAGGGAUUCAACCCUCGUGUUCGGCAGGGAGAACUUGCAGCACAUUUGGAAGUGGGAGAUCGAGAGCGGACAUUACCCCAGCAAUGGAAGAGUAAUACCCGAGCAGAUUGGUUUCACCUCCGCUAUUUUGAAUCCAGCCUUGCCUCCAGCAAAGGCACACACACUCAUUUCACCCUUUACGCCCCCGCCAGGGCCAGUGACCACUAUCACACGGGGAGUUGGUCCCCGUAGGACAUAUCUUGAAAAUCAGAAGCAGUCUAUCGGCGCUGCAUAUCCGCCCAGACCGAUAUCCGGAAGCAUUGCAGAUUUAGAUAUCAUUCUUGAGCAGUGCAAUUUUUCAGAGGGCAAGUACGUCCGCGAUUGCUUGGAAUUUCUGCGCGUCUCCGCUGGUUUGGAUAAUGGUCGAAGACUUCGACGAGGAUCAGUUGACGGAUGGAAAUACGCGUUUAUGGAAGAGGAUCGACUAGAGGAGGAAAUUCCUCCUCGCGCUACGCAGGCUGCACCUAUAGUGCCUGCUGGGCCAUAUCCUACUGGACGCCAAAUUUCCAAUGCGGGAUUGAUGAAGAAAAGGAAUGUUCACUGGGAACCUCCACUAGAGCUCCCUCCCCCCGAGCAACCAAGUGUGGGUUCAAACCGUUCGACUACUUGUGACCCGGAAAACCUUCGCCUGUUCCAUAUGUUUUGGGCAGGUCCAUUCAACGAGAAACCAUAUGUCGCGCUAUUAUCCUUUCUUUUCACCCAGAAUCUUGGCCUCCAUCUUGAACCGGGGCAGGACCUCGACGCUUGUCAUCCACAGAUCUGGUUGUGGAUUAAUCCUGGUCCUGCAGCGGCUGUUCCAAAUCCCUCCGCGCUCACAGAUAUGUACGACGCACUGAAAACGAACCCAUGGGCGGCACCUUUCCUUCAUCCGCGUUUCAAGAAUGUGAUCAAAUUCAGAUUAUGGAACACGACGGAACAGCUUGAUAGCAACCUGGAGCUGAGGGACGAGUGGAGGAAAAUGGACACUCUCUUCAAUUCAGGGGGUGUAACUGUGAGCGUACCUGCUGAGCAGCCUGCAGGGAACUCUAGUACUGCCUUAUCUAAAACCGGCGACAUAGUUCAUCGCCUUGGUUCGAAAUCGGAAGCGACUUAUGACAGGCUUUCUGUGAUUUUGUCUGACAUGGCGCGUUUCAUCGUUACUCAUCGCUAUGGAGGGAUCUACCUGGAUGCUGAUACCAUCUUCUUGAGGGAUUGGGAGGAGCUUUGGGGAUGGAAAGGUGCUUUUGCUUACCGGUGGUCCUAUCAUGAAGACUACAACACUGCUGUACUCCAUCUCAACAAGGGUUCUGCCCUUGGUUCUUUCCUCUUCCGCACCGCAUUGAAGAACGGUUUCGAUUUUCAUCCUGUCGCUGUCUCUAAGUACCUUAAAGAGGCACACCUGGAGAACCUUUUGUUACGCAUUCCGGACGCGCUAUUUGACCCAGCGUGGCUAAACACGGAAGGUUAUCAAUUGGAAAGACCAACAUACCCCUUUUCGCCGGGUAUGUUUGCGGAUUUCUUUGACACUCCAGAAGUGCAGAGUGCUGCGCCGCAGGUUGUCGGAUUUGAGGGGUUCUUCAGGGGAGCGUUCUCGUAUCACUUUCAUAACUUCUGGUGGAAACCGUUUGACCCUGCAAGGAAUUGGCCGGACUUGGGGCAGAAAUUUGCAGGUGGUGAAAGGGCAGCCCGCGCUGCUGCCAACCCUCAUGCAGAUCCUGAUGAUUGGAGCGACAAAAUCACCAACGACAAGCGCGAUUUGGACUGGGCAACGGUGCUAAAACGAACGUUUGAGGCCUAUAUUCGUGGAGAAAGACCAAAUAUGUAUGGGGAAUGGUUGCGGUGGUGA